UUGUCCCCUUUUCGUAAACUUUCAUCGCUAGCACUCGGAUGAUUAAACCCUUCCGACCCUUUUCAUUAUUCUUGAUUCACCACUAGUUCAAUUGGUUAUCUACCAUCUUCUUUUCUGGUGAAAAGAUGGCCUCCAAAGGUAGCCAAAACGGAGAAUUCAGCUUUGCAACUAGCCCAACAAUUGCCAGAGGCAGGCAUGGGCUGCCAAAGAUUCACACGGAGAAGAAGAAGGAAGAAGAUGAGAUCUGCCACGAUGAUAGCGCUCCUCCAGUCAAGGCUAAGACCCUGGACGAGUUGCAUUCGCUCCAGAGGAAGAAAUCGGCCCCUACUACCCCCAUCACGGGCACUCAGGGCGCCUUUGGCGCUACCCUUUCUGAGGAAGAACGCCACAGGCAACAGCUCCAGUCAAUCAGUGCAUCAUUGGCAUCUUUGACGAGAGAAACAGGGCCGAAGGUGGUGAGGGGAGACCCCGCCAGGAGCGGCGAGACGCCGAGGGUGGAACAUGUGACCCACCACCAUUACGCACCCACCUUCGCCGUCAGUGACAGUGCUCUCAAGUUCACUCACAUCCUCUACAAUCUCUCCCCUGCUGAGCUGUAUGAGCAAGCCAUAAAGUAUGAGAAGGGAUCUUUCAUAACAUCGAGCGGCGCGUUGGCCACGCUUUCGGGAGCAAAAACGGGUCGAUCUCCAAGAGAUAAGCGCGUUGUGAAAGAUGAAACAACUGAGGAUGAGCUUUGGUGGGGAAAGGGCUCACCUAAUAUUGAAAUGGACGAGCACACUUUCUUGGUCAAUAGAGAAAGAGCCGUGGAUUAUUUGUGCUCCUUGGAGAAGGUUUAUGUGAAUGAUCAAUUUCUCAAUUGGGAUCCUAACCACCGCAUCAAAGUUAGGAUUGUUUCUGCCAGAGCCUACCACUCAUUGUUCAUGCACAAUAUGUGCAUCCGACCCACUCCUGAAGAGCUGGAGAACUUUGGUACUCCGGACUUCACAAUAUACAAUGCCGGGCAAUUCCCAUGUAACCGUUACACACACUAUAUGACUUCCUCCACUAGCAUAGACAUGAAUCUUGAUAGGAGGGAAAUGGUCAUCCUCGGCACUCAAUAUGCUGGGGAAAUGAAGAAAGGUUUAUUCAGCUUAAUGCACUAUCUCAUGCCUAAGCGCGGGAUCCUCUCCCUACACUCUGGCUGCAAUAUCGGAAAAGGCGGAGAUGUUGCCCUUUUCUUUGGAUUGUCAGGCACUGGAAAGACAACAUUGUCUACGGACCACAAUAGAUACUUGAUUGGAGAUGAUGAGCAUUGCUGGAGCGAGAAUGGCGUGUCAAAUAUUGAGGGUGGUUGCUAUGCCAAGUGCAUUGACUUGUCGAGGGAAAAGGAGCCUGAUAUCUGGAAUGCCAUAAAGUUUGGCACUGUGCUGGAAAAUGUUGUUUUUGAUGAGCACUAUCGAGAGGUGGAUUACACAGAUAAAUCUGUUACAGAAAACACUCGGGCAGCUUAUCCAAUAGAAUACAUCCCCAACGCAAAGAUACCCUGUGUUGGCCCUCAUCCCAAGAAUGUCAUCCUUCUGGCCUGCGAUGCCUUUGGUGUACUCCCCCCUGUCAGCAAAUUGAACUUAGCCCAGACCAUGUACCAUUUUAUCAGUGGCUACACAGCUCUGGUAGCAGGAACAGAGGAUGGUAUAAAGGAGCCUACUGCAACAUUUUCAGCAUGCUUUGGUGCAGCAUUUAUAAUGCUUCACCCAACCAAGUAUGCAGCAAUGUUGGCUGAGAAAAUGAAAAAGCAUGGAGCAACUGGAUGGCUUGUAAACACUGGCUGGUCAGGUGGAAGCUAUGGAUCCGGGAGUCGUAUAAAAUUAGCCUAUACCAGAAAAAUAAUUGAUGCCAUACACUCUGGAACCCUUUUGAAAGCAAAUUACACCACGGCGGAGGUGUUUGGGUUGGAGAUCCCUACUGAAAUUGAAGGGGUCCCUUCAGAAAUCCUAAAUCCUGAGAACACAUGGUCUGACAAGAAGGCCUACAAGGAUGCUCUCCUGAAAUUGGGCGGCCUGUUCAAGAAAAAUUUCGAGGUAUUCGCAAACUACAAGAUCGGAGCGGACAACAAACUGAUGGAGGAGAUUGUUGCAGCUGGUCCAAAUUUCUAAUUUGGAAAAACUGCCGUGCUCGAUGGUUGGUGGAAUAAUAGAGCAUUGUGUUUAGGACGGUCUGUUUCGGUGAUUAUAUCACAUAUCUGUGUAACUGAUUAGAGAACUCCGCGUCAUUACCAACCCUCCUGCUUUUAUUCCUGCCAGUGAAUCUAUCAAGCUGCAACUGAGGCAGCUUCAAACUCGAAACAUUAUCAGCUUGUUCUGUGAUGUAAUUCAUCCAUAUAUUGAUGAUGACGAAAAAUUUUACUCCAUUAAACAA